GCAAAUGUAUCAAACAAGAUCACAGUGCUAAAAUGGAUCUUCAAAAUAUUAUGACCGCGCACGAUGCCCUGUGCGAUAUAGUGUUGACGUACGAUCGCUGCAUAAAUCUGAUCUCCAUGUUGGCAUAUCUGGAGCGGUUAUCACGCAUUCUUUUUGGGAUUAAUCAAUGCUGUAAGCUGUAUCUGAACGGAGGCCCCGUGCCGUGGCCGGCAAUGGCAUCUCUGGUUGCCGUCACCAUAACUAUGGUGGUCAACACUGUUAAUCUUGUACUUGCAACGGAAGCGGAAGCCGGCAUCCAAGAUUACAUGGCAAAAUUAUUAACUGAGAAUGUGCUGAAGGAAAACGAUAUGAUGAUGAUGGAUGCGCACCAUAAACGGGUGUCGGCCAAAAAAGCCGGUAUAACGCUGGCGAAAGUGGUGGUGAACCGCGAGUUUGCAAUUACGGUUGUUGGAGGUGUCAUCAGUUACACGCUGGUUUUCUCGGAAAUGUAUGAGAGAGCUUCAUCCAACGAGCGUUCAGAUGCCGCCAGUGAUUCCAAGAAUUUCUUAACUGCAGACAUGCUGAAGAUAUUUUGCCGAAAUGCAUCGCUUCCUUAAUCGCUUUCAUGCGGUCCCGUUACCGUAAUUAUCAGCUGUGCUGUGGUCGUUUUC